AUGUAGAUGUUGCGACAGUGCUGACUUAGAAAACCGAGUGAUAUAUUCGUAAGAUGUCGGAUGCUAGUCUUUCAAGUUUGCUGCGACAGUAUGAAGAACAGUUCGGAGUGGUUUCUGCCGAUCUGGUGUCGAAAAUAGGAGAAAUAAAGUCCUCUCCGAGUAGGUCACGGGUUUUGGAGGACGAAGCUGAAGUAUUACUCCAAGAUGCAAAAGAUAUUCUAGAGCAAGUGGGGUUGGAAAUCCGGAGUUUGAAUGGAGUCGAGAAACAGAAGUGGAUUAACCGUUCAAAAUCCUACCAUGCCGAACUGAAACGAGUUAUUAGGGAGCUGAAGCUCGCCCUAAAUGAACCGGUGGAUGAGGAGACCAGCCGAGAGCAGCUUUUCGGUGCAGCUUUGAACAGUGAUCAGAAGCAAAAACUGCUCUCAUCAGUUGAUAAAGCAGAGGAAAGCUCAAGACAUCUGAACCAGGGUUUCGCUGCACUACAGGAAACUCAUGAAAUCGGUGCCAAAAUUCUGGCUGAUCUGGAUGGCCAAAGGGAAACUCUUCUACGUUCUCAACACAAAAUGCGAGGAAUGAACUCGGACCUCGACGAAAGCUCUCGAGUCGCAGGGAGGAUGAUACAACGAGUGAACCAAAACAAAGCAGUACUUCUGGCCGUAUUGGGAACGUUUUGUUUGGCAGUGACGGGCAUAAUUUAUGUUGCAUCGACCAGGUAGUGAUAUAAGCAGUCUUGAAAUAUUUAUUGAAUUAUAUUGAAACUCGCGAAGGAAAUCUAUUACAAUCAAUAAUUUUUUUUUCUUGGGAGCCGGUGUCAAGUUUGCUUUUUUUUGUGAAACAUUUUUGGAAGCUUGAAAUGCACUGCGGCUGUUGAGGAAGAAACUGUUAA